AUGAAGAUGAAGUACCAAGGAAAUGAUCGGGUCCGACGUGCUCAACUCAAUCGGCUCCGACGAGAAUUCGAGGUGUUGGCUAUGAAACAAGGGGAGUCAGUCAAUGACUACUUUGGCAGGGUGAUGACCAUAGCCAAUGACAUGCAAAAUUGCAGUGAAGACAUGACAGAUGUCAAAAUCAUAGAGAAAAUUCUGCGAACACUGACGGAGAAAUGGAAUUACAUUGUGUGUUCCAUUGAGGAAUCUAAUGAUGUUGAUGAGCUUACAGUCGAUGCCUUGCAAAGUUCCCUCUUGGUUCAUGAAUAA